CCUACUCCUCCUUCAAAUUCCGCUCUUCAUCAACAAAACCAACAAGAAAAGCUAGAAACUCUUUUGAGAUCAUAUAUACUUAUAUAUGCUGCCAUGAGCAACAUUCCAAGAUCUUUAACAGACUCUUGCUUGACGAGCUUCUUGCUUGCGAUUUCCGCUUCUGAUCCUUGGCCUUUCUCUAUCCUUUCUUCCUAACCCCGGCUUCCUCCACACUGAAUUCAUUCCUCGCUUUUUGUUUGUAGUUGUCAAUUGUUUAGUCGUUUGGUUUUGGAAAUUUUGAUGGGUAGUGGAGAUAAGCAUUUUUUGAGUUUUCAUCUGCAUCUGCAUCAUCAUCAUCAUCAUCAUCAUCAUCGUAAUCACGAGGAGUCGGAGUCCAUGAAGAAAGAUCAGAAUAUGAAUAACAGUACUCCUAUACCAAAGGGAUAUAUGGCUGUAAUGGUGGGUCAUGAAGGAGAAGAGCAAAAGAGGUUCGUUAUACCGGUAAUCUACAUCUAUCAUCCGCUUUUCAUGGAGCUCUUGAAGGAGGCUGAGGAAGAAUACGGUUUUGAUCACCGUGGACCCAUCAACAUACCUUGUGACGUUCAACAGUUCUGCAAUGUUGAAGGGUUGAUCAAGAAAGACGAUUUCUUUUACAACUACCAACAUCACCACCACCACCACCAUCACCACCACCACCACCAUAUCUGGUGCUUCAAAGCUUGAUCCAGUUGCAGUUUGAUCAUGAUUGAUCGAUCCACACUUAUAUAUGAAGAUUGUUGUUGAUUUUAAGUUUUAGCGGGUGCAACUAUGUUUGAUUGUAUACCAUAUGAUUUGUAUUUUUUUUUUUUUGGAUGUGAGAAAAAAAAAAGAGAAAGAAAGAGACGGAUAUGGAAAGUGUAAAUACAUGAUAUGAUGUUUAAUUAAUUAAUUAAUAUUAUAAGUUUUGUGUUGUUGUUGUUGA